GGCCUCCCCUCCCCUCCCAGCCUCCCCUCUAAAGGAAAAGUGCUGACCACUGGACUAUAUCAAAAUUCUGGCGAAAGAUGGCGGCGAAGUCUAUCUAUAUUUGAACAUUCCAUGGUAGUUCUUGCUGCACAUUGACCGUUCUUGCUCAAAAUGGUACGUGUUCUUAUGUGCCACAGUUUCAAAGAUCAAAAGAUAUUUUCUGAUGCAUAUGAGCCAAGCACGACAGGAUAUUCCAUUGCAAAAGAUAUGGUAUUUAUCUGCACUGUCAAGGGUCAUGUAUAUGUUUAUUCAGUUUCAGAGGAUGGUUUUCCUUUGCUUUGCCAAUUUCCGUUGGUGUCUGUCGCAACAGACAUGAUUUUUAAUGAUAUUGGAAAUUUCGUAUUUACUAGAGAAAUUACAAGGAAGGAUAAACCUAAUAAUUUUACAGCUAGAGUUUAUUUUAAUUGGUCUAAAUGGAGGGAAGAGUUUGCAAACCAUAAGACAAAAGUUCUACAGUGUGGCUUUUCACUUGCUCAAAGUUAUUCAUUGGAACCAUAUGCUUUGACUGUGGUUGAAAUGCAAACCAGAUCCUCAGUUAAUACCCUCUCUAGUUGUCCAGUCACUACAAAUAUUGCAGUUGGUACUGAAACAACAGUAUUAGUUUAUAGCCGCUGUGUAGAGUGUCCAUUUGAUUUUCAAAAACUGUAUAUGGUUGAAGUAGGAUUUUCCAUAUUUAAAGUGGUCAUUUGUGAGCAAUUUAUAGCAAUCACAUCAGACUGUGAAUUACGAGUUUUGCAAGUUACCUUGCCUGAUGGUUUAAAACCACCUUUGGAAAAUGUUGGGCGUGAUAGAGAAACGGAGCAGCAUCUUUCACAAGAAAUGUCAUUACCAAGCAGUUGUCAAAGAGAAGUUUUUGAUGAGAAUUUUGUUGUAUGGUCAUUUGAAAACUAUCAAAAUACAAGUACGGAAUUAUCAAUGUCAUGGGAAUCAAUUUUGAGAACAGAUGAGUGGAGUGAAGAAGACAAGGAUGGCAAGUCAUGUUGGAUUGAUCUUGCUUCUUUGAAAGAUGAAGUUCCGUACAUAGAUUAUUCUAAGGAUGCCUGUGAGGUCUUGGGCCCAGUAAAAACAGUUCAUGGUCACCCAAUCAAAGUCCAAGCUCCAUUCAUUAGUGUUGAAAGUGUUACCAUGUUGUAUCGAUAUUUUGAUUUGAUGGAAAGUGAUGCUGAUUCUACAAAAGAACUUCACUCAUUGCAAUUGGUGCCUUUCUACACCAGUGUUUUUGAUGAAAAUAAAAAACCAUUGCCUCAACUAUCUGGAAUGAUUUGUUUUGUCUCCACAUCUAAACAAGGUUUCAUAUACAACGUUUUUAGUAAAACAGAAUUCCUGACAAAUUGUACCUACACUGCUGAAAUAACAAGUGCUACAAUUUGUAAUAAUCUAUUGUAUACAUCCACUAGCCAAGAGCUUACAACUUAUGUCAUCCCAAUUUAUUCUGCUGUUGCAAAACACCUUAGAACAAUGCACCCAUUAGAAAUUGAAGAUAAACUAAAUAUAGAUGAGAGUGUUAGUAAUGGAACAACAGAUGGUGAUCUUCUAUCAACUGACAAUACUAGUUUGGUUAGCAACCAUGAUGAAAAUGUCAAAUCUUUUAAUGAAAAUAAAUUUACUCAUUUUGGAUUCCCUGUAUAUGACUUAGAAAUUCUGCAAAAGCCAUGCCCGACACCCUCUGUUGAUCUGUGUAUGAUUGGAGUUCAUCAGUUUCCAGGACUGUUCUCCAUGUUUGCAGCUGGUUCAAGAAUAUUGCUGUUAACUGAUAUAACUACAAGCUCAUCUUAUCAAAGACAUAGCAAAAAGUCAAAGAAAAAAGAUGAGAAUGCAACGAAGGAUUGGACGUUGCAUGCUCUUGAAGCAAUGGAUAUGUGUGAUCUUUAUCAUAAGAUGGAAAGUUUAACAGAAAGAUCAGAAACUCUAACAGCAGAUUUGAGAUUGUUAAAAGAGAAACAUUUCAUAUUAAGAAGUCAAUUUCAAGUUGGUAACUCCUCUGAUGUGGAACGGCAAUCCUUGAUGUUGAUUUUGAAAAACUCUGUUAAAAGUAUUGGACACUUCUAUGCAAGAUAUGCAGCUGAUGACUUAGAAGAUGUUGUUUUGUACUACAAUAUGGCGAAUCUUUCCAUUGAAGAAAUUCUUGAUGAGCUCGUGGAUAAUCCAGUUGAUGUUGACAAGUUAAAAGAGAAGACGUUUGGAAAAGGUCUCCUGUGUUACCUGAAUUAUUUCUUCUUCAAAAAUAAUCCAAAUAAAACAUGUCUUUCCUUACAUCAGGCAACCGCAGAUAAAGUGCUGUAUAUUUAUAGCAAUGCAGACUGUUCACGACUCUCAACCCUCAUUCUGAGACCUCUCAUUGAAGGAUACACAUCAGAGGUCGCCAUCAAAAUUUUGAUAAAAUUGAAGAAGACGAAGACAUAUAGUUUCAGUACAGAAGACCAUUUAGCGUUAGCGAUUGUAUAUUUGAAAACAUGUUCAUUAGAUGAGGCAGUUGAAGAGCUGUUGAGUUUAACCAAGGAAAACUUAGCUGAGAUUUGCGUGAAGCAUCACUACAUACUUUACUGUAAAGACGAAUCAUUGACUCCACUGGGACAGCUUCUUAGACGACGUCUUCCGGAGGUUUUCAUCAAAGCAUUGGUUUCUCUUCAUCUCAGGAAUUUGAUCUUAUUAAAAAACACGGUUGAUCUACUUUUGGGUAAAGAUGUUAAAAGACAUAACAACAAUCAUCUGAUACAAUUCUUGGAGCUUUUACUGAAUGACUCAAGAGGAACAAAGUCAUUUAAAGAAGCUAGAGAAUACCUCGUUGAUAUUUAUUUAAAGAAACUUUCUCAAAAAUCUUCAACCCAAGAACGGGGGUUAAUAAGAUUACCUCAUUUUCAUAUUCCCAGAGGUUCAGGCCAUUUUGCUAAACGUUUUUCUUGGUUGGACAAGCUUCCUCCAUUCAAUGGUAAUAUUGCAGAACCAAAGGACUGCCCGAUUAUGCGGGCAAACAUGGUAUCAUCUACACCCUUGAAAGUAGGACGUAAGUUUCCAGGAUUCUCAAGAGAUCGUAGUAACCAGGUUAUCGCAGCUGGGACUGGUACUGCAUCAUCUUGUACUUGCUGCUGUUGCUGGGAAAUACUUCUUAAACUGCAGUCAAUAUUAUGUUCAAGAUAUUGUGAUCGAGACUUGGGAAGUUCCAUUAUCAACAACUUGAUUGGAAAAUCUGUAGCCGGGGAAAUAUCAAUAACAUUAUUAUGUCUCCCUCUUAUUGGUGAAUAUCAGAAGGCUGUGGAGACAUUGUUGUUAAUAGAUUCGUGGACUAUACUGUCAUAUGCAAAACAAUAUUUUGGAGAGAGUUACACAAAGUGGCGGUGCGUUCUGGACGUUCUUACACAAAAAAUUUGUACUGAAAAAGAGGUUUCGAGCAACCAUACUGAAAACUUGAUAGAAAUUUUAAAAGAGACCUUGGUAAUUUUAUCGAAGUGCACAACUCCCACCGUAUUUUUGUCCCUACUACCGGAGGAUGGUAACUUUGCAUUUUUCCUCCCGUAUCUUGUGAAGUGUUGUGAGAAUGAGACGAGUAAAGGAUUAUCCAACCAAAUCCAUCCAAGGUAAGCUACGCCGUUUGUCUGUGUGCGUCAAUGACAGAUUACCGCUGUGAAGAUGGUGGACUCUUUGUGGCCGUUAGUGUGAAGCACUGGGACGAGAUUGAUACUCGGAAUGAUUGCAGUAACUUAUUGAGAGGAACUAUUGAUAAAAUCGACCAACAGAACGAUCUGUUUUAAAUCAAGUUAUUUUGAACUC